UUUCAAAACAAAACUUAUUUGGAAAAUUGAAAACAAACAACUAAAGCUGAUUGAUAUUUUUCAUUUCGAGAUAUCAGCGAAAAUUUAGAAGCACAAGCAUAAUGCACACCUACACGGAUGGCUUGAAUUAUGUGCCAUUUUUGGCGGCAGAAAACUCACGCAACGGUGUUUGCCUCAACUCAGCGCGCCGGGCUUCAAGCAUCACCAGCUACAAUGGCAACUAUGAGGGCGAUCUCAGCAUGUUUGGCAGCAAACCAUCGCUACAGACGCUGGCACACCAACGCCGCCUGGAACUGGUCGAAACCGACUCAGACACCGAGUACAAGCGUGAAUUGGAAGCAUAUCAGCCUCAAGUGCACAGCAGCAGAAGUCAACUCGCACGACUGCUCAUCUACUACUGCGAUCGUGUUUUGACCCCCAGCCGACGCAAACAAACCGCAACAUUCACAACCCGACUCCACAACAGUGCGUACUACCAGUGUAUGAGGGGAUUGUUGUGCAGAACGUGCGCCUGGGCGAUUUGGCUGUUGCGUUUGAUGCUCUUCUCACUCUUGCAACUCACCAAUUGCAACUAUGGCUGUUGGCGAAGUUGUAUUUUGUUGAGGAAUACAGCGCGUCGUUUGCUCUGGUGGAUGACGCUGGCGAAAUGCGGUGAUAUGAAACUUUUUUUCAUAAUUCUACUGGGCACACCACUCGUAUUUGCCGUGGCUAUUGUGGGUUUUCUGCUGUCCAUUUACUGUACUUUUCGAGAACGUCUGAGCGGUUCAAAUUUCCUUCAACGAAUGCGUGCGGCAUGAACUACACGCAUAUACAUUUUUGAAUAUUUUAAUAAAAAAAAAAAAAUAAUGUAAGUGAAAUUCAUAUUGGAGUUAGGCAAAAUUUCAGUUAGCAACUUUUAUAAAGCGCACACAACGAA